AUUGCUAAACCAAACCAAACCAAACCAAAUGACAGCACUAUUUUAAGCCUUUAAUAUUAUGGAUUUAAACCUUGGAACAAGGGUAGCCGAAACAUGAAAGCCAGUUAUCCAAGCCCGAUACUUGGGCAUAGGCAGCUUGAGUCGGUCCGUAAUUUAGGCCCAUCCCAUUUCAGCUGUAUCUUUUUCAGUCCCCAACUAACUAAGAAAAACCUCCAACAUCUCUGCAAUCAACCCAGCAAAGCCAUAGUGCCAGUGUCCCCUUCUAUCGCCUUCUUCUGCGAUUAAUCGAGACGAUUCGGAUGGGUCGCAAAGCAGGUUCGAUAUACAUUAAUCCAAAGAAAUUUGGUGCUUUUCACAAACCUUGCAUGAAGGAAAUGGUAACAUUUCUCAGUUGCUUGGCUCUUAACAGCAACUGUGAUGAGAAGUGUGUAAGGCAGAAGGACCUUUUGAGUACUUGCAUGGAUUCUCAGAGCAAGAAAAACAAGUCAAUGGGAAGCAUUAAUUACCACUUGCAGAGGCUAAGCAGGGGAAGGAAGUAGUUUGUGUCUUGUAGAGAGCAAACUUAUAACUAAGGUUUGAUUCUUUGCAGUCAUCGGGUGGCAGAUGGUAAGUUAGGGAAGCUGUUCUAUUGUUGCACCUUUAGAAUGUUAACGUAUAAUUCUCCAUUUUGAUUGUAGUGCCUAAGCUGUGAGAAAUUAUGGAGAUAUUAUUUUCAACAAUUCUCUUGUAGUUGAUGAUAUUUCAACGAAUUUUGUAAUAAUAUGUAAACCAGUCUUGAACAAUUACUCCUCUAAUUAAAGAAACAUAAUAUCUGUAAGAAAAGUUUAGAGA